AUGUCUUCCUUGGACGGGGUCAACCUCUGUCCGGAGCCGUUCUUCGACGCCAAGUUGUUCGACGAUGGAGGGUUCGUCGAAGGGCGUCUCUGCCAGCAGACUGGGGAGCUAUCCUGCUGUCUCCCUUGCCCCUUGACACACUGGGUAUACCCCGACUACUUCGAGACGGUGACGGAUGUGGCCAAUUGGGUUGCUACAGUCAGCGCCAUCUGCUGUGUCUUCCUGAUCCUGUCAUGGACCGUGUUACCGGUCAACAAGACAAACCGCCAUUACCUGAGUAUCUGCCUGACCAUUGGUAUAUUCAUCAUGAGCCUCGGUUUUGUCAUCCCCCUUGCCGCCCAGCCGGACCAGUGCUUCAACAGGAUUACGCCCAACAGCAUGCACACCAGCAGCGUGUGCGGCGCGUCUGGAUCGAUGCUGAUGCUGGGAGGAUGGUCCGCUGUCAUGUGGGCGUUCCUGCGCUCUCUCCACCUCCACCUCCAGAUCUGCUGGCAGAUGCUCGUGGGCCGGCCGUUCAUGAUCUUUGCGCAGGUUGCCGGGUGGGGAGUGCCCCUGCUCGCCCUGGCCCUGGGCCUCAUCUUCAGCGGCGUGUCAUUCCGAUUUGGACAGACGUGCCACAUCGUGCACAAGAACAGCCUGGCAGACUUCUGGGUCCCGCUGCUCGUCUUUGCCGGCGCCACCGUCGUCAUCACGUUUGCGACCUUCGGGUACUGCAUCAAGGUGUACCUGGCCUCCCUGUCGGACACCAGCGGGUCUUCCGAGGGAUCCAGCCUGCCGGCGUACUCGACGACGGCGUCGCACCAGAACAUCUCGCCGCGCCAAGCCUACCGCCGCAUCCGCCGAGUCAUCAGCCUACAGUGGCGAGGCAUCGCCAUCGUCCUCAUCAUCAUCACCGACGUCAUCUUCUUCUCCGUCGUCUUUGUCUUCCAGGACAACGUGAUGCAGUCGGUGACCAACGACCCGACCAAGGCGGCCGAGUGGAGCAAGUGUCUCAUCCAGUACUCGGGAAACAAGGAGAAGUGCCUGGGCGAGGCGAGCAGUCUGGUCGUGAACGAUGCGACUGUCACGGCAGUCCUCUUCCUUCUCGCGCUGAACGGAAUAUGGAUCCUGUUCCUGAUGGGACGCUGGACCAUGGUGACGGGAUGGCUUGACAUGCUCCACUGCACGGGCCGGCGCAGGAACCCAGAGUUCAUCUCGGCCGACGCACGAGCCGAGCCGGCCGCCAAAGACACACGUUCGUAUGAGAUGCUCUCGAAAGAUACGAGCGUUGAGGUAACACCGUUGGAUCCAGUCAUGAGAUCUCCCUCGCCGGUAUGGAGAGACUACAGCGCCAACGCAUACAAUACCACGGCACCGGUGCCAACAGCAACAGCAGCAACGUCAGAGUCGGCGGACGGCAGGCACACGCCCGACUACUUUGGGCACUCUGCUCGCUACCACGCCCCGACACAAUCCUUCUCGACCCCCCGGCAGCCGAGCAGUCCGCCGCGCCGCGAGUCGUGGGACCCGCAACGGACGUACGCCCAGCCGCAGAAGGCGUACCACGGCCGACAGCAGUCCCAGGCAUCCAACUACGAGGACAUGACGAUGAAUCCUCUAGGGAUGAACCGGAUAUGA